AUGGAGCCCCCGGUCCAGAUCUUCCGCGGGGAGCCUGGUCCCACCUGCCCGCCGAGCACCUGCCUGCCCCCCAACGGCAGCGGCUGGCUGGCGGGCUGGGCCGAGGCCGACGGCAACAGCAGCGGGGGCUCCGAGGGCGCCCCGCUCGAGCCCGCGCACAUCUCUCCCGCCAUCCCGGUCAUCAUCACCGCGGUCUACUCGGUGGUGUUCGUCGUGGGCUUGGUGGGCAACUCCUUGGUCAUGUUCGUGAUCAUCCGAUACACAAAGAUGAAGACAGCAACCAACAUUUACAUAUUUAACCUGGCGCUGGCGGACGCCUUAGUUACUACAACCAUGCCCUUCCAGAGCGCCGUCUAUCUGAUGAAUUCCUGGCCAUUUGGGGAUGUGCUGUGCAAGAUAGUCAUUUCCAUUGACUACUAUAACAUGUUUACCAGCAUAUUCACCUUGACCAUGAUGAGCGUGGACCGAUACAUUGCCGUGUGCCACCCCGUCAAGGCGUUAGACUUCCGCACACCCAUGAAGGCCAAGAUCAUCAACAUCUGUAUUUGGCUCUUAUCAUCAUCCGUUGGCAUAUCUGCCAUAGUCCUUGGAGGGACCAAAGUCAGGGAAGACGUGGAUGUCAUCGAGUGCUCCUUGCAGUUCCCGGAUGACGAUUACUCCUGGUGGGACCUCUUCAUGAAGAUCUGUGUCUUCGUCUUUGCCUUCGUGAUCCCCGUCCUCAUUAUCAUCGUCUGCUACACCCUGAUGAUCCUGCGCUUGAAGAGUGUCCGACUCCUUUCUGGUUCCCGAGAGAAAGAUCGCAACCUCCGUCGGAUCACCAGGCUGGUCCUGGUGGUGGUGGCGGUCUUUAUUGUCUGCUGGACGCCCAUUCACAUCUUCAUCCUCGUGGAGGCUCUGGGGAACGCCUCUCACAGCACCACCGCCCUGUCCAGCUAUUACUUCUGCAUCGCCUUGGGCUACACCAACAGCAGCCUGAACCCCAUUCUCUAUGCCUUUCUCGAUGAAAACUUCAAGCGGUGUUUUAGGGACUUCUGCUUCCCAGUGAAGAUGAGGAUGGAGCGACAGACGACCAGUAGAGUCAGAAACACGGUUCAGGAUCCUGCUUACAUGAGGGAUGUCGAUGGGAUAAAUAAGCCAGUAUGACUAGUCGUGGAGCUGUCUUCUUAUAGUUCUUCAGGAAGGGAAGAGUUUAAUGAUCUGGGGUUAACUCAGAUUAGUACCGAAGUCUGAGACGGAAAGGUAGAAUACUUCACAAACUUUUAGAAAUCUCACGGUCUGAAGUCAUCAGAUGCAGAUUGGGUUAGUGGCCCAGGUCAGUGGAGGCAUCAAGGCGGUAGGGAUGGAGUGCAGAAGAUUCGAGUAAGCAAAUACAGCCCCUUUCUAGGGUUGAGGAAGCAAGGCUGACUCAGUUCCUUUGAUGAACAAGGAAACAAGCCUUUUUCUUCUGGUCGCCUAGAUUUAGGCCAGGACACACCUGCUGUGGCGUCCCAUGCAGUGUGGCUCCAACAGCUCUGUUUAGGAAGAAGGACAGGAAAAAAAUACAUUGGCUUCAGACCUUAGUGGGCAUCUAGUUCAGAUGCUUUACAUCGACAACAACCUGAAUAAAAACAAGGACCAUUUCUAGGGUGUGUGCCUGGCUCCCUUCAUGCUCUGUGGACACAUAUUUUGUGUGGCUGCGUGGUGAGGAUUCCACCCAAGUAUGACUUGGACCUACACCCAAGGUGUCUGACGUCCAUGUGUAAUGGGAAGGUCGUGCUCUGCAGGCAGUUACCUACACAUGCAAAAGGUGGUUUCCAACAGUCUCAUUUCUUAAAAGUCAUGGUUUUCAGCAUGCUAUUCAGUUAAAUAACUUCGUGACCAAGCAUGUCUUGAUGUCAAGAUAUAUAAAGUGAUUCAAAUACCACUGGAAGACUAUACAGUUACCUCUGUAAAUAAUAGUAUAUAUAUGCAAAGAAGAAAGGAGUGUGCCUUCCAGCCGGGCACUUUCCCCGGGAACAUACUGACAACAGCCCUUAAGUUAGUGAGAGUUGGUGCUGAGACACGUGGGAACAACGUAAGCUUCCUUCUGGGAGUUGGUCAGGCGCCGUCGCCUUCAGAGCCCUGAGCACCAUUUGGUCCUUCAGUGGCAUUCAUGACUCAUGGAUUAAUUAUAAAAAAAGCUCAUUCAUUCCUAGGUUGUUGACUUGACAGAAUCUAAUUUAUAUGCAGCUUCUACUCUUCACGAAUCCAUAGCCAUUAGCAAAUUCUCUCCAGCCAUGGAGGGAGGCGGUUUUGCUCAUGUCACUCUUGGGCUAGGAUUCUGUAGCUUAUAGCGGGAAGUAGAAAUGAUCCUAACUGUGGGCUGAAUGAGGACAUUAUGUCACCCAUGGCACCUGGACAUAUCUCGCACCGUGUUCCGCAGAGAGCACACCAGCUGAGAGUAACGCCACAGGCAGUGCAUUUAGGAUAAUUUUGCUACGACUUCCAGAUGACAUGUUAAUUCUCCGUUCCUUCCCCCGAGACUUAUGAUUUUAGAGGUAAUGGCUUUUUCUGUAAUUUGCCUGGGCAGAAGGAAGGGAUAAUUGAGAAAUAACACCCAUCUCUCCUUUAAGACUAUAUGUUACUGGGGCAGCACUCCACUGGGAUUUACUGGGAAAUCAGAUGUCUAGAUCUACAUACUCAUGGACACCAUUACAUCUGUAAUUUCUGUUCACGGUGUACUUUCUGUCACCUCCCCACAAGGCGGGUGUACUCUCUCCUUUGGGAAACAAAUCUGAGGGUUUUAUAUAGUGGCUUCAGCAGUUUACUAUGAUAUUUGUCUACAUUUCAGAUUUUCAUAGCAUCUAGUAGAUGAAUUAAGGCUGAAAGACAAGUUCUUCCUAAUGAACAGAAGUACUCCUUUGAACAUUUCUUAAAUUUCAUUGACUGUCUCAAGUGUCCUUGUAUUCCUGUAACAAAAUGUAGACAGGAAUGGCUUAAAUAUUGAUUGGCAUUCACCCCCAUGGUUAAAAAUCUUGGCUAUCAUAUUGAAAGGAUGUUUAUACAGAGACUAGUUCUGGGAACCAACCCUCCUGAUGUGAGAAAUCUAAAAAUCUCUUUAUGGAACACUAAGACCCAAGAGACUUUCUUGAAGGAUUCUUACGCAGUACAAAAAUAUAAUAGAGAUACAAUCAUGGAAUGAAAUUGCAGUGAUGGGUUUUCUUUCAAUUAGCACCCCAUGUGCCCUGAUGGCAACUAUUGCCAUUAUUGGAUUCUGAAUUUUAGCCAGAUUAUCCUGCAUGUCUUUAUAUCUACAUUUUCAGCCCAAGGAGAGAGAGAGAGAAGUAGUUGUAAGUGCCCACGAAGGGUGUGCAAAUUUCUCUCUUGUGGACACCAAUUUCCCCAAACUGGAAGAGGAGAGAGGGGCUUGUCAUUUAGGACACAACGUUAAAGGAUGUAAAAGUGAGUGAUAUAUAUUAGGAAAAAUACCACUUACACAAAAGUAUUUAUUUGUCAAAAACGUGUGUGCACACAUGUGUGCAUGCAUGUGUGAGUAAUUAUGUAAAUAUAUGUGUCUUUGUGUGCCUAAAUAUAUGCAUGUGCGUGAUAGUGUGUGCAUGCCUGUGUGAAAGAGUGAGUGUAUGUCUUUCUGUGUGUGCCUGUCUAC